AUGUCUUUCCUUAAGAAGCCCUUUAAGAAGCUGCGCGAUGUUAGCAGUCACAUUUCCAGUGACUCCAAGGGGUCCAGUAGCCCGACUUCCAGCUCGUCAAAUGGAGGUACUACACCGAUAAAGGGCCACGCGAACGGGAAUCCCGGUGCAUCCGAAGUGGAUUCCAGACGCCAGAGUCGCGAGGUCAUCAAUGCCAACAAGGAGCGCCGGAGUAUGGACAAACAGCGGGCAAAGGCCGAGACGCGAAAGCGCGAGACCAUGGCGAGGAUAGAAGACGAGAAGUUCUUGCAGGAGGGACCUCCCGAUAUGACGAAACUGUACAGACCUUACAGCAUGAACAUGAGCAAGAGAUGGAACCAUGAGGACCGCCUGUUAUUUAAGGAUAUGGACUGUGAGAAAUUGGACGGCACCACCAUUUCCUUCCGGGCCAGAAUUCACACCUUGCGACGAAUGAGUGCCAAACUGGUGUUUAUUGUCUUCCGCCAGCAGACCAUGACUAUCCAAGGAAUUUUGCAGAGCUUCAAGCCUAUUCACGAAUUGACCGAAGGCGAAGACAACACAGGUACCAUCUCCGAGCACAUGGUCCGUAGCAUCGAGCACUAUGUGAGCGAAACCAUUGUGGUUGUACACGGCAAGUUGCGAAAAUCUUUGCAGCGGGUCAAGAAUGCCACGAUUCACGAUUAUGAGAUAGAUGUCUACGAGGUGCACAAGGUAGGGGAUCUGACAGAGAACGUUCCCUUUACUGUAUACGAUGCCGAGAACAUCAAUCGCGAGAAGGAUGACAACGACGAUGAGGACGACGACGAUUCUCUGUACCCGUCUGGGUCAUCUCUGGAUACGCCCAAGGAAUCAAAGUUUGGAACUCCGCGAUCGUCUGUUGAUAUGUUCCGUGUUUCUUCGGACGCCAUUCGAAAAUCGGUAGGUGGAGCUACAGCUGGCUCUCCAGUACCAAAGGCCUCGGGAGAAAAGAGCCGAACGAGUAUGGAUGUCUCGAGACCACGAAGAUCUCUCCCCCAACGAGUUCGUCUCAACAGCCGUAUCGUAGAUCUCCGAACUGGCCCAGCACAGGCUAUUUUCCGCAUCCAGUCCGGAAUCUGCAACCUCUUCCGCACAUAUCUGGAUGACAGAGGGUUCAUCGAGAUCCACACCCCCAAGCUUCAAGGCGGUGCGACCGAGUCGGGGGCUUCCGUGUUCGAAGUGAACUACUUUGGUCGCCCAGGUUUUCUCGCCCAGUCUCCCCAACUCGCCAAACAAAUGGCUAUUGCAGCCGAUUUUGAGCGAGUGUACGAGGUUGGACCGGUCUUCCGAGCCGAGGACAGCAACACGCCUAGGCAUUUGACCGAGUACACAGGAUUGGACCUGGAGAUGGCUCUGGAAGAGCAUUACCACGAGGCCCUGGACAUCAUCGAUGGGAUGUUCAAGAACCUGUGGAAGGGCAUCUACGAGAGAUACCAGAAAGAGAUCGACCUGAUCUCUGAAUUCUAUCCACAAGAGAGAGUCAUGUGGCUGGAAGAGACACCACGGAUCAAGUUCAAAGAUGGCGUUCAACUUCUGAUAGAAGACGGCUGGGUCGACGAGGAUGGGAACCCCCCCAAGGAGACCGAAGAUUUGGCCACCCGAGCUGAAAUUCGAUUGGGGGCCAUUGUGCGGGAAAAGUACAAGACGGAUUACUACAUCUUGGACAAGUUCCCUGCCUCGGCCAGACCGUUCUACACGAUGCCUGACCCAGAUGAUAACACGUACACGAAUUCCUUCGAUAUUUUCAUGAGAGGGCAGGAAAUCCUCUCAGGAGGUCAACGCAUCCACGAUGCGAAGUUCCUCGAGAAGAACCUCAAGACGAAGGGCAUCCACCCGGAUACGAUGAUCGAGUACCUGGAAGGUUUUCGCUGGGGAGCCCCGCCUCACGCAGGAUGCGGCAUCGGUCUUGAGCGUCUCACCUACCUCUUCCUCAACCUUGGUAACAUUCGCCUUGCCUCCCUCUUCCCGCGUGACCCCAAAUCGCUCCCCGCCAAGCAGAUCGCCCUGGCCCUCCGCCACGAAGACGCUAGUACUACCAACCCUCCUUGGGAGUCCAAGGAUUACCAAGACGACGAGGAGGAAGACAGCAUCGCCGGCAAGCACAAACUGCAGCCCCUUGAGAAGCUCAUUGCCAAUUACGGCGAUGCAGCCAAUACCUCCUGGCUCGAUAAGCGCUACCAGCUCUGGCGCCACCCCUCUACCGGCGCAGCGCAAGGCUACAUCGUGCACAAUAACUACGCCAUUGCCGUCGGAGAGCCCCUAUGCGCCAAAUCCCAGUACCCGCAAGUCAUAUCCGCCUACCUCAACUAUCUCAAACAAGAGCGCAAGGAGCUCAAACCCCUCUGGAUGAUCGCCGGUCCUCAGGUUGAGGAAUACCUCGGCGAGAAGUUCCUCUGGCGCACAUUUGGCUGCAUCGCAGAGGAGCGGACCGAUCCCCGCAACAACCCCGCCGCGAAAGACAAGGACCUCGCGCGCAAGAUCCGCCACGCGGCAAGCGAAGGCGUCAAGGAAUUCGACCUCCCUUUCAACGAGCCCAUUCCUGAUGACCUGGUGCAGAAGAUCGAUGCUCGUAUCGCCGACUGGAAGAAGGGCCGCAAGGGCACACAGGUUCAUCUCACAGAAAUCAGACCGUGGGUCGACCAGGUGCAUCGGAGAUACUUCUACUCUCAGAGCGGCGAUGGCACCAUCCAAGCCCUUGUCGUGCUGCAUCAGCUGUCUCCGCAAAACGGAUACCAAGUCAAGUUCUCCCUCGAGUUCCCCGGCGCCCCUUCAGGCACCAUCGAAUCCCUCAUCCUGCACUCGCUGAAGGCAAUUGCAGCAGCCGACCCUGGCUGCAAACAAGUCACAUUCGGGACAGGCGCGAUGCCGACGUUGGAGGGGGCUCGCAACCUGAGCAAGGCGAAGGUCAAGGCGCUGAAGAAGGCGUACGAUACUAUCAACAAGCAGUUUAAGUUGACGAACAAGAGCGAAUUUCGCGAAAAAAUGGGGGUGCGAAAUGAACCUGUCUAUGUUUGCUAUCCUCGCGGAGGCUUAGGCGCGGGGGGUAUCAGAGCGAUUAUGGGGUUCUUGGAGGAGGACGGUUAG